AUGGUUGAAGUACUCCCCUCGGGCCUCGCCCAGAACGGGCACAUCCAGGAGUCCCAGGAUUCCGCCGACCACGUAGCCUCUGUUGCUCGUCUGCUCCUCGCAACCAAUCUCGCAUCUCGUCAGGAGAACAAGAUGAUGACCCGCGAGGAACGCCAGGCCAUGAUCGACGAGCUGAGCAAGAAGCGUGCAGGCUGGCGCACACCCCGCCGCGGCUGGUCUAUCACCGACUCUCCCGUGACAUCAGCUCAGGGAAGCCCGGCGCUCAACGCCUCCCCUUAUCCCGCUCCUCCCCACGCUACUCAGCACGAAGCUGUCGAGAGACACGCUAUCGCUUCUGUACCCGAGCAGUCCGAACUCGCAAUCGAAGAGAUGAAGCAACUUCCUCAUGCCCCUAUCGCCCGCCGGCCACCUCUCCCGCCCCCGCGCCGUUCCUACUCUGUCACGGACUACGAGCCGCCAGCCCGCAUCCACCGACCCUCGGCGCGCAUGGACAUCUUCGACCUCCCCGCCGAGCUGCAUUACGCCAUUUUCGACCACCUCGAUCCCAUCGACAGCACCUGUUUCGGCCUGACGAACAGCCACUUCUACAACAUCCACCGCCGUAUGCACGGCUCUGUGCCGUUGUCGUCCCGUCGCAACGGACCCAACGAUCUCGAGUGGGCCUGGCGGUUCGCUGGUCCCCUCAUCUACCACGAGUCCGCGGCUCCUCCUGCCGAGGCCUUCCAGGAGCACGCCCACGCCCUCGAGCGCAUGCGCGUCAAGGGCCAGGUCUACUGUCGCAAGUGUGGAAUCUCUCGUUGUGAGCUGCAUCGUCACCUACGCGAGUGGAUGGGGCCCAACCUCGAGUACUGCUCCAUCACCCAGAAGUACGGUUCCAAGGCUGCCGCGGAAGCGUCCGACACUUGCUACAUCAAGUCCCCGAAGCACCCGCACCGAUGCGGCCGACACGCCUCCAAGCCUGUCAAAUCGCACAACUAA